AUGCAACAGGUGUUUGCGCCUCAGUCCCCAGCCGGCCCUGGCUGUGACAGGAGGUAGCUACCACCACUCCAAAGCUCCCUCGCUCACUGGUGAGCCCUCAGGCUCCCAGGCCCAGGGGGGCCACCAUGGCCUACCGCUCCUGCGUCGUCGGCUUCAGCAGCCUCAGUGGCUGUGAGGUGACCCCAGCGGGCAGCCCCCAGCCUAGGACCUCAGGAUGGGGCAGCUGUGGGCUCCCUGGGCCUGGCUUCAGCUCUCGAAGCCUCACAAGCUGUAGGCCAGCCGGCAUCAUCCCCAAGGUGACUGUGAACUCCAGCCUGCUGGUGCCUCUGGACCUCAAGGUGGACCCAGCUAUCCAGCAGCAGAAGAACCAGGAGAAGGAGGAGAUGAAGGUCCUCAAUGACAAGUUUGCCUCUCUGAUUGGCAAGGUGCAAGCUCUGGAGCAACGCAACCAGCUGCUGGAGACCCGCUGGAGCUUCCUGCAGGGCCAGGGAUCAGCUACCUUCGACCUCAGCCACCACUACGAGACGUUCCAGGGCCGUCUGCAAGAGGAGCUGCGCAAAGUGAGCCAGGAGCGGGGGCAGCUGGAGGCCAGCCUGCUGCAGGUGCUGGAGAAAGUAGAGGAGUUCCGCAUCAGGUACGAGGACGAGAUCUCCAAGCGCACAGACCUGGAGUUCACCUUCGUCCAGCUGAAGAAGGACCUGGAUGCCGAGUGCCUUCGACGAACUGAACUGGAAACCAAGCUGAAAGGCCUGCAGAGCUUCGUAGAGCUGAUGAGAACUGUCUAUGAGCAGGAGCUGAAAGACCUUACAGCCCAAGUGAAGGACGUGUCGGUGACCGUGGGCCUGGACAGCCGCUGCCACAUUGACCUGAGCGGCAUCGUGGAGGAGGUGAAGGCCCAGUACGACGCCAUCGCUGCUCGAAGCCUGGAGGAGGCGGAAGCCUAUUCGCGGAGCCAGCUGGAGGAGCGAGCUGCCCGCUCAGCAGAGUUCGGGAACUGCCUCCAGAGCAGCCGCUGUGAGAUCGCAGACCUCAACGUGCGCAUCCAGAAACUUAGGUCUCAGAUCCUCUCCAUCAAGAGCCAUUGUCUGAAACUGGAGGAAAACAUCAAGGUGGCCGAGGAGCAGGGCGAGCUGGCCUUCCAGGACGCCAAGGACAAGCUGGCCCAGCUGGAGGCCGCCCUGCAGAAGGCCAAGCAGGACAUGGCCAGGCAGCUGCGGGAGUACCAGGAGCUCAUGAACACCAAGCUGGCUCUAGAUAUCGAGAUCGCCACCUACCACAAGCUGGUGGAGGGAGAAGAAAGCCGGAUGGACCUGCCCUCUGCCACCGUGGUCAGCGCGGUACAAUCCCGAUGCAGGACCACUGCUGUCUCCAAGUCUGGCCUCUCCAAGACGCCCUCCCGGAAGAAGAAGAACCGCAGGGGUCCCGUGAUCAAAAUCACCGAAAUGUCAGAGAAGUACCACUCCCAGGAGUCGGAGGCUUCCGAGUAAGGCAGCCACCCCAGGAGCCUCUUCCACUGCUGCCGGAGGGACUAAGCUAAACUUGGGAAAGCCGCCUGGAGUCUCCAGGCUGGGAGGGGAGGUGCUGAACUGAGGUGGGUUCCAACUGAGGCUUCGUUUCUCCGGAUGGUCAGUGAAGGCAAAGGGGCAUCACCAGCUCCGUUCCACAUCAGUGUCUCACUCACCACUUCCAACCUCCUGGCCACAGGCUGUCCUGGCUGGUAAAGGGGAACUUGGGGUCAGUCACCUCCUUGAUCCUCUGAAACUCCUCUUCCUAUAUAGCUCUGACAAGGUGCUUGCCUCUUGCCCACCGCUUGCCCCGACCUUCUGCCUCAGCCUUGCCUCGCGGCUGCCUCAGAGCCAAGGCUGCCGUCCUCACCCACCAGCUGGGCAGCAGCCUGGGCUGAAGGAUGCACUGGGUUUUGUCCCAUACAUGGAGUGCCUGGGGACUAGGGGCUGAGGACUCCUGGUUUUCCUGCCCUUCGGCUCCCCAGACACCUGACAGUAUUGGGGGACAAGGGAAAGAAAGGCCCCGUGUGUUAGACAGAAGCCUAAGUCUCGGAGAGGCCCAGAUACCUGCACUCACCCUCUCUGGGGACUAAGAUGCCAGCCAUAAGUAGGUUCUAAAGCUACUCUGGCCAUAACCAACACCCUAGGAGCAGAAGCCAGAGAGGACACCCUGACACCAGGCCUUGCCUUCACCUCCCUGCCGUUCUGGCUUGUGCCAACAUCCUGCAGUCUGGGCUCUGCCUCCAUCCCAGGUCUCUCCAACCUCAACCUCUGCCUUUGGUACAACAGGCCCUGUAGCCCCCGGGUCCACCCGUCCAGAAAUGCCCAUUUCCCCCAAAUCCCACUUUCUAGGACCUCUGUUCUAUCCCCAGGGCCAAUGAUCCAGCACAUCCCACCCAGUGGGCCAACUCUGCCUAGUUUCCUUCCCCACUCCCCCACCCCCAUCCCUUCUCCCAAGCUUACUCCCCCUGCCUCUGGUUGGCCAUGGGGAAGGCUAAACCUGGGGAGAUCUGGAAGGUUCCUAGCCCUGAAUUAGUCCAGGAAACCCCAAUAAGGGCGUUCAAAGGACUCAACCCAAGAGAGCCAUCCUGCACCCACAAGGAUAUCCAGACUUGGCCAGUGAUUCCCAUGUCCUACCCUUGGCUCUCAGCUCUGGGGCUUACAGGGCACAGCAAUGCCAGCCUCCUUCUCUCCUCCCUUCUUCCUCUCACACCCGUGUCCUGGCCCGAGUCUCACCUCCUCUCCUGGCUGUCUCCCAUCCCUUCAUCUCAUUCUCCAAGACAAGGUGUUCAACAAGGCCCCUGGCCCGCCAAGCCUGCAGGGGAUGCUGCUGGGUUAGCAGCUCUCCCAGGCCAAGGAACCAGUGAUGUACUCAACUCUGAGCCCCCAAAGCGGACGCUCACUGCUGCUUUUCUCUCGGGCUACUUACCAGUUUCCAAGGGAGCAAACCUCAGUGGGGACAUGAAAUACAGAAAGUGUAUAUUAUUUUUUCAUAACUUAUGUGGCUUUUAACUUAUUUCCUCCCUUCCUGUUUCUGCACGAUCAGCACUGUGCGAACUAUCAGGGUUUUAGAAAACUCCUUCCAGCCACCUACUUGACUGGCUGACUCGGGCAAGGGGUGAAUAAAGUAUUACGAUUCAUCUAUGGA